GUCACCUGUGCAGGGCUGGCAGUCAGGGCACAGUGAACAGUACACCUGAAGCACUUCCCGGCCUCUCUCCCUCUUCCCUUCUUUUUUGCUUCUCUGGACUGAGGGCACAGUGGACAGCCUGAACAUGGAUUCCAAGGAGGUCAACGGGCGUGAAAAGGACAAGGAAAAAGUGAAUAAAAGGAAGAAUCGACUUGUGCUGUGGCGUACCUUGGAGAGGAGGAAAACGGACACUAUUGUAACUGAAGACACGGCCAAAGGUGACAUCAACCUGGGGACGCUGGUGAGGAGAAGUCAGUCUGACAAGACAGAGUACAGCGCCAAAAUUAAAGAAAAACUGAUGCCUCAUGAGAUGUCCACGCCCCUUUCUCCAAUUCUGGACCCAGAAGAAGUCCGUUUGAGGAAGAUGAACCGCAGGGCAAACGUUAUCAAGGAACUUGUGCAAACUGAAAAAGACUACCUCACUGACUUGGAAUUGUGUAUUAAAGAGGUGGUCCAACCACUGAGAAAAAUGCAGGUUUUAGAUGUAGACCGAUUGUUCACCAACAUGGAGACCGUGUGUGAGGUUUCUGCAGAACUCCUGCAGAGACUGCAUGAUGCCAUGGCGGACCCUGAUCCCGAGGCUGUUGUCAUUGGUGAAGUAUUCAUUCAAGCAAAGGCAGCUUUAGAAGAUGUGUAUAAGAUAUACUGUUACCACCAUGAUGAUGCUAACAUGUCUCUGAAAGCCUAUGAGAAGGACGAACAAAUAAAACAACAUUUCAUUGCAUGUGUAUUAGCACUUAAGAAAAUAUAUGAUCGAGAAGGAAAAGCCAACUUGUUGGACAUGGGCUCCCUGCUCAUCAAACCAGUGCAGAGGAUCAUGAAGUAUCCGCUGCUGCUGGGAGAGCUGUGGCAGGCGACACCUGAAGACCACCCUGACCAUCAGCCCCUGCAGGAGGCGUUCACCACUGCCAAGAUCAUAAACAUCAACAUAAAUGAGUUUAGGAGGCGCAAAGACAUAGUUAUGAAGUACAAAAGGUUAGAAGAUGAAGGGACUCUGAGGGGGAAACUGACCAAGCUUAACAUCCAUUCAAUUCGGAAAAAAGGAGACAGAUUUGCUGGUUAUCUUAAGAUUCUCACAGGAGUUGAACCACAGGUGAGAGAUGAAGUAUUUGACAGAGAGGAAAAGCUUUUUAGGAGUCUGGGGAAAGCUGUGAGGCAGCUGGUCAAGAAUGUUCACUGUUACAUGCAGCACACACAGGAAAUGGUGUCUGUAGCUGUUCAGAAUGUGAAGGACAUGGAGACUGUUAUCAAAGAUCCAAACAAAAUUGACACAAAUGGUUCAUUACACAAUAACUGGAAUGAUCCUUACAAACAGUUUAAAGACAGAAUGGAGAAGGUGGUCUUGGUGCCCCUGUCUGCCCUCCAGGGCAUGUUCACAGCUCCUCAGAAGCUCAUCCAGAAGCGCUACGAUAAACUGCUAGAUUACUGCUGUCGCCUUGAGCGCUCGUCUUCAUCGUCAGCCACUACAUCUUCAAUGUCAGCUGGGUCUGAGGACCCAGCUGAUCCUGCCAGGAGGGACUACGAAGCUCUCAAUAAUCUGCUUGUAGAGGAAUUACAGCGCUUCAACCUGGCUGCUCACACCAUCCUAACCAAUAGUGUGGUGUGUCUAGUCGCACUCCUCAAGGAGCUGAUGGGAAAUGCACAGGUUGAUGCUCCGUCGCUCCAACAGCUACCCCCUCCGCUAUCCAACAUUAUUGACGUUCAGAACAGCAUCAUGGACAAGCUGAACAAUCUGACCUUUGUAAAGGACAAUGCACAGAGGUUAAUGGAGCGAAAAGUCAGCUUUGAGAGACGAGAAAGGAGACCAUCUGUGCCAGAGGUGGAGCAUCAGACAGAGGAACAGCGUGCUCUGCUGCUGGCAGAAUACCCAGUGAGCCGUCUCUACCAGCUAAAAAGGAAAUGCAAUGGCUGCCAGGAGCAGGACCUCAGCCUGCUGGAGGGGGAGCUGGUGGCUCUGCUGGAGGAUACAGACCCACUGGGAAGCAGCAGCCGCUGGCUGGUACACACAGGAGGUGCACAAGGCUACGUUUACUCUACAUUCCUGAAACAAUACAACCCUCAGAGGGACUCACAGCGAGCGGGCCAGAAAGCUCAAGAGCAGCCACAGCAGCAGCCGCCCGCCGUGGCAGAUGAUGACUUUGACGACCUUAGUCUGUUCGUGUCAGGCAGUGGCAGCAGCAGCCUGCACAGCUUCAAACUCAACACCACCGACAGCAGUUCCAUCCUGUCUGGUCUGCCGGGGGAGCUGGAGGCUGCAGACGACCUGCAGGAUCCACCGGAGGCAGAGGCUCAGCAGUUUUAUGCCGUGUAUGCGUUCCAAGCUCGCUGCGCCCAGGAGCUGACCUUGCAGGAGUACCAGCAUGUCCGCAUCAUCCAGUUUUGUGACCUGGGGGGCAAUAAGGAGUGGUGGUUAGCAGAGGCCAAUGGACAAAGAGGAUAUGUUCCAGCUAACUAUCUUGGUAAAAUGUCUUAUGCAUAAUUCAAGGUCUUUUUUUUUUACUCCUUCAUACUUAAAGGUAAAAACCGAAGGGGAAAAAAAGGGGUUACAGGCUUUAUAAAAUACUUUCCUAUAUUUGCAAUUUUCAGCAAAUCUUUACUCUUUUUCUUUCCUUUUGAAACAGAAAAUCCUAAAUACAUUUUCCCAUUUCUAAAAAUUUCUAUUUUCUGAAACACAUUUUGUGCAAAAACAAUAUAAAAAAGGAUGAAAAGGGAGAAGCUUGCAAAACCAUGAUUCCAACAAAGGUUCAAAAAAAAGGAAGAAAAGUACUUCUUUACCCCUUGUGCUAUCUUAGAUGACCCCACCCUUACAUUGACAUGUUAUCCCUACCAUGACAA